UUCAAUUAUCUUGACUUGUUGAACUGUAACCACUAAACUCCAGUCUACGGUAAUAUAUCAUUAUAUGUCAUCGUCGUCUUGAACCAAACAACAUGCAGAAAGAAGGUACAGACAAAAGGGUAUAUAACGGUGAAGACUACAACACCGCAUUUGACCCGGAAGUGUACUUGUCAAAAUACGUCAGGGACAUCACGGAACAUGCCGAAGAAGAUGACCACAUAAAGUUUAUGGUGGAUUCUCUUCAUCGAAUAUUUUCUGACGGUGAGCUACGUGGACGACGUCUUCUCGAUGUGGGGACAGGGCCCAGCAUCCACACUAUCAUCAGCGCCGGCAAACACGUGGACGAGAUCUACCUCAGCGACUUCUCCAAACCCAACAGGGAGGUCCUGCAGGACUGGAAGAAUGGAAGGUUGACUCACAACUUUGAGACGUUCUUCAAGUACAUCGUUGACAAAGAAGGGAACAGUGAAAGCGCCGGUGCAAGGGAAGAUGAAACUAGGACGAAGGUGAAGGACAUAUUUGUCGUUGACCUUCUUUCAGACUCCUGGCCAGAGCUGUCGUCCCAGCAACCGUAUGACGUCAUAAUCACGUCUCGGUGUGUGGAAGCCGCGGCACCGACGAUCGACGUGUACCACUCCAUUUUAGAGAGACUGGUUGCCUUGUUGCAACCAAAUGGCUUUUUGGUCGUCAUCGGCGUCUUGGGGAUACCGUUCUACAAAGUCGGAGAGAAACAUUUCCAUUGCCUCCCUUUGACUGAUUCCGACACGAAAGAGAUUUGUACCCGUUGUAAUUUGGAUCUGUUACAUUUGGAAUCUACGAAACUCGAGAUGGGUACUCCGACAACACAAUUAGGUUUCAAAAGAACAUUUGUGAUGGUCGCAAAGAAAGUUAAAAGCCAAUAGAUUGUUGAUUUCCGUGCUUAACGCUCAAUAUGUUGUUUGUUAACGAGACUAGUCUGAGUUUGGGGUCAUUAUCAGAUGUUUCCCAUCAUUAAAUUGAGACUUUCUAAUGAUAAAAAUUACAUAUUAAUGACAUUUUCUUGUUUAGAAUAUCAGAGUUUGUAUAUCCAAUGUUUUUCUGACAUUUGUAGAAGUUCGAACCUCAUUUUAUUUCAUAAUGUAUAAUACAUUUUAUGAACCUAGUCUCAUAUCGCUACUAGACCCGUGGUAAAGCGCUCGGUCGAUGCGCGGUCGGUCAGGGAUCGAUCCCCGUCGGUGGGCCCAUUGGGCUAUUUCUCGUUCCAGCCACUGCACCACGAUUGGUAUAUCAAAGGCCGUGGUAUGUGCUACCCUGCCUGUGGUAUGGUGCAUAUAAAAGAACCCAUACUGCUAAAAGAAAAGCAUAGCGCAUGAAGUGGCGACAGCGGGUUUCCUCUCGCAAUAUCUGUGUGGUCCUUAACCAUAUGUUUGUCGCCAUAUAACCGUAAAUCAAAUGUGUUGAGUGCAUCGUUAAUUAACCUAUUUCUUUCUUUCUUUCUUUCUUUCUUUCUGAUGUUCUAAACAAGAAAAGUCUAAAACUAUCAACUGUCAGCACAAAGUUGGCCAAAGUAACAGCCAGACUGAAUUUGAACUGCUCCGUAAGUAUACAUGUACGAGGCAGGGGGGAGGGGGGGGGGGGGGGGGGGGGGUCAUGGAGGGGUCAAUAGCACCCCCCUCACACCACCAGUGUUGGAGCAAAUCUUCACAUUCGGGUAAAAAUGACGUUGAUGUCAACAUGAAAACUUUUUAUGCUGUAUUUAUAAUCAUUCUACUCAGAAUAUUAUGUGUAAUCCUGUAUUUAUGAUCAUUCUACUCAGAAUAUUAUGUGUAAUCCUGUAUUUAUAAUCAUUCUACUCAGAAUAUUAUGUGUAAUCCUGUAUUUAUAAUCAUUCUACUCAGAAUAUUAUGUGUAAUCAAUGUAGAAAUAUGAAGUGAUUCGCUUGGAAUCCUAGUAGCUAUUUUGUAGUGACGCAAAUAUGAUUAAAGGAUUUUAUCCAGA